AUGUCGUCCAAGAAGCGCAGCGCGAGUUUCGUCAUCAACUCGGACGAUGGCGACGCCGUCGAGGCGCCCAAGGCCAGCAAGAAGAACAAGAAUGCCGUGUCGGCCAACGCGCCUGACGGCCGGGACGACGAAGGAAACCCCUUCUGGGAGCUCUCGAGCAAGCGCCGGGUCGGCAUUUCGCAGUUCAAGAACAUGUGUCUGGUUAACAUCCGCGAAUACUACGAAAAAGACAGCAAGAUGCUGCCCGGAAAGAAGGGAAUCUCCCUCUCGAUCGAACAGUACACGGCAUUGCUCAAGGCAGCUCCCGCUAUCAACGAGGUCUUGCGAACAAUGGGCCAAGAUGUCGCCGGUCUCGACGGUGCGGUUGUCGCGGAUACCGUGAAGCCGAAGAAGGAAAAGUCCAAGAGGUCCAAGGCCAACAUCGAGGCGACCAGCGACGAGGAGGACUAG